UGAACUGUGAACAAACUGGCAAUGGCAGAGGAGGUUUUGAGGCAAAUUGAAAGACAAUGUUAUGCCAUUGAAAGGGCGUACCACAAUGGCAUUUGUGGUCAACGACAUCUACAUGCCAUAGAGGCAUGUCUCAGAAAUCUAUCAAGAGUUGCCAGUCUGUUAAGAACAGAGACAGCUAAUGAACUUAAAGACUCGCUCAUCGACCUAAGGAGGAAUUUGCUGGCGCAAAAUGUAGAGCAAGACCAGACCUACUCUGCUGGGCGUGUAUAUUCAGGUAUAUGUGGAAGACCUUCCAUUAAUGUUUCAAAGCAGCAAAUAGAGUUUCUAAUGAAACAAGGACACACCGUUAAGCAGAUGGCCAAGAUUCUGGGUUGCUCAUCUUCAUUUAUUUAUAGGAAAACUAAACUGCUCGGAAUUCCUAUACGAAAACUGCAAACACAAGUGACUGAGGAAGAACUCACACAGCAUGUCAGAAGACUUCACAGUCUCUAUCCCAACACAGGAAGUGAGAUCAUGAGGGGACUGCUACGUGCAGAAGGGCUGUUUGUCCAGCGACGUAGGGUCCGAGAAGCCCUCACCCAAAUCGAUCCAACUGCAGCUGCACGCAGAUGGAGUAGUGCCAUCGCCAGAAGAGUCUACCAUGUUCCUCAUCCAAACAGUUUAUGGCACAUAGACGGAAAUAUGCGUUUGAUUAGGUAAUACACUAUUCAUCCCCACCACAAUAGAGUGCGGGAACUAUGAU